UCAAUCCUGCAAGUUUCUCCAGAAAGGCAGAUCACGGUCUUAGCGGUGUGGGAAGAAUUAGUUUGACGAGUAGUAUACUUUUUGAAGAGAUUUGACUUUUACCUCAGACUUUGAGCCGGGUUAAUCGUAGUAGAUAGCCUACUAAUGCGCCUCGAGCUGAACAUUGGCUGAGUUGUAAAGGCGAGAUGGAAAACCAUGAGGUUUUUGCAGACUUCAACUUUGCUUCAACCUAUAAUGUGAUGUAACGAAGAUUUGUGGGAAUCUGGAAGAAAUUAGUCUACGCAUUCCAUUUUCAAGUCAUACGGUUGUUUCCAAUACGAAGGUCAGUAAAGGUACGAACUUCAACAACAAAAAACUACUCUUUAUUGGAAUUUCCCAGGUUCUCAGUGGUUUGAUUGGAAUAAAAAAAUCCCUCACCAGCAAUCCUCCAUUUUCUUGGAGAGUUCUAUGAACACUGGCAUAAGGAAUGUGGGGAGAGCGACCGAGGGCAUUUUUCAAACAUUUAACUUUGUUUUAACUUUAGGCUCCUCUCCCUUUUUAUAUAGACGGAGAAGAGAGGACAUUUCAACCUUUUUGUGGACUGAGUUCGACUUGGGCUUUUUGCAGCUCCGGUGUAAUAUUCUUAAGACACUUUUUUGUUCUGAACACAGGGGGCUGCUAUCAUGGCGGUAAGGAUAACCUGUGAGUGGAUUUGGAUAACGGGGUGCGCGCUGGUGACUGUUUGCCUUCUGCUGGAGCCGUGUACCGGUCAGUAUCAUGGCGAGAAAGGCAUUUCUAUACCAGAACACGGUUUUUGUCAACCAAUUUCCAUUCCCCUCUGCACGGACAUUGCCUAUAAUCAAACCAUCAUGCCGAAUCUUUUGGGACACACAAGCCAGGAGGAUGCGGGGCUGGAGGUCCAUCAGUUUUACCCGCUCGUAAAGGUCCAGUGUUCCAUGGACCUUAAGUUUUUCUUGUGUUCCAUGUACGCACCGGUGUGCACAGUUCUAGAACAGGCCAUCCCCCCAUGUCGAUCACUGUGCGAGCGCGCACGCCAGGGCUGCGAGGCGCUCAUGAACAAGUUCGGGUUUCAAUGGCCAGAGAGACUCCGCUGCGAGAACUUCCCCGUCCACGGCGCUGGGGAGAUCUGUGUGGGUCAAAACACUUCAGACACGGACAUCGCUACCUCGGACCCCACUCCCAACCUGCCUGAGCUCAUGACCUUACACCCAAACAUCGGUCGCCCUGCUGCCCAGCCCUUCUCCUGUCCCCUACAACUUCAGGUCCCAACCUACCUCAACUACAAAUUCCUGGGGGUGAAAGACUGUGGUGCCCCAUGCGAGUCCACCAAGCCCAACGGACUAAUGUAUUUCCGCGAGGAGGAACUGAAAUUCGGCAAACUCUGGGUGGGUAUCUGGUCUAUCUUGUGUUGUGUGAGUACACUGUUCACUGUGCUCACAUACUUGGUAGACAUGAGGAGGUUUCGCUACCCGGAGAGGCCCAUCAUCUUCCUCUCAGGCUGCUACUUCAUGGUGGCGGUGGCCUAUACAGCAGGCUUCUUCCUGGAGGAUAAAGUGGUCUGCAUAGACAAGUUUAAAGAGGACGGUUACAAGACAGUGGCCCAGGGCACCAAGAAAGAGGGCUGCACCAUCCUGUUCAUGAUCCUCUACUUUUUUGGCAUGGCUAGCUCCAUAUGGUGGGUCAUCCUGUCCCUCACCUGGUUCCUGUCUGCUGGUAUGAAGUGGGGUCACGAGGCCAUCGAGGCCAACUCGCAAUACUUCCACCUAGCGGCUUGGGCGGUACCGGCUGUCAAAACCAUCACUAUCCUGGCCAUGGGGCAGGUGGAUGGGGAUCUUCUCACAGGGGUGUGCUACGUCGGCAUCUACAACGUGGAUUCAUUACGAGGGUUCGUCCUGGCCCCCCUGUUCGUCUACCUCUUCAUCGGAACCUCGUUCCUCCUGGCCGGCUUCGUGUCUCUGUUCCGCAUCAGAACCAUCAUGAAGCACGACGGCACCAAGACGGAGAAACUAGAGAAGCUGAUGGUGAGAAUCGGCGUGUUCAGCGUCCUGUACACCGUCCCCGCCACCAUCGUCAUCGCCUGCUACUUUUACGAGCAGGCCUUCCGCGACCAAUGGGAGAAGACCUGGCACAUGCAGACGUGUAAACGCUUCGCAGUGCCGUGCCCGGCCAACAACUUUGCCCCGAUGACCCCGGACUUCACGGUGUUCAUGAUCAAGUACCUGAUGACUAUGAUUGUGGGCAUCACGUCUGGGUUCUGGAUCUGGUCGGGGAAAACAUUACAGAGUUGGUGCAGGUUUUACAAACGGCUCAGUAACAGCAACCAAGGAGAGACAACCGUAUGAACUUUAUAGCAGGUUAACGUGGAGGAGUUAUACAUGUUUAAUUUUUUUUUUUUAUGAAAUUGACUGAGCAUAUCCGUUCCCACCUCCUAUUGGACAUUUGAACUCUGAAAAGUACUUUUCCUUUGAGAAUGUCCCUCCUGACAACCUUAUGAGCCAUUGACUGAACAUUUGUUCAUUAUUUGGGGGGGGUUAACUUUUCAGUAACCCCCAUAACAUUUUUAAACAUUCUAUAAUCUCAUUUAAACCACAAUGUGCCACCCAGUGAUGUAACAGCAGCAACAAAGAAAGUGUCUGUUUUGCCAUGACCUUUUCAAUGUGAACUAUUCUGUAUUACCAGGUGAGUUUCUCAUCCAAGGAGCAACAAGUAUACAGGGCUAAUGUCUGACAAGACCAAUGUAUGUUAUGUUUUGCAAGGAAUUACAAAGGUUUUUGGAAUCUGCAUUCCAUUCUUUGCUUCUGUACUUUUUAAAUUUUUUAUGUGCCCGUUUUUGUUACGUGUGGCUGAUGUUACUUUUAGACUAACUCGCAGACAUCUGAGAACAUUCAUCUUGGCACAGAGAGAAAUGUCUAACACACUCACUUUUUUUAGUUGUGUAUAGUGUUUUAUGGCACCCUAUUCCCUAUAUAGUGCACUGCUUUUGACCAGAGCCCUGGUCAAAAGUAGUGAACUACAUGGGGAAUAGGGUGUCAUUUGGGACAUGGUCUAGCUGUAAGAUGUUGCUAUUAAAUUGCCACGUUACAGGCCACAUUUUGUAAUUAUUCACUCUUUUUCAAAAGAACAUAUGUAUUUAUAAGAAUUAUAAUCUUGCUGUUUCUACUUGAUGUUUCCUAAUGCAA